CUGCGUGCUUGCGCAGCACGCACGGCGGGGGUGGGGCUGGCGUCCGGCGGCGGGCGGGCGGGCAGCUGAAGCUCGGGGCCUGGUCCCCCCCAGCACCAUGGCCAAGACCGUGGCGUAUUUCUACGACCCCGAUGUGGGCAACUUCCACUAUGGAGCUGGACACCCGAUGAAACCCCAUCGCCUGGCAUUGACUCAUAGCCUAGUCCUGCAUUAUGGUCUCUAUAAGAAGAUGAUCGUCUUCAAGCCUUACCAGGCCUCACAGCACGACAUGUGCCGCUUCCAUUCUGAGGACUACAUCGACUUCCUGCAGAGAGUCAGCCCCACCAAUAUGCAGGGUUUCACCAAGAGCCUUAAUGCCUUCAACGUGGGUGAUGACUGCCCAGUGUUUCCCGGGCUCUUCGAGUUCUGCUCCCGUUACACAGGCGCAUCUCUGCAAGGAGCAACACAGCUAAACAACAAGAUCUGUGAUAUUGCCAUCAACUGGGCUGGUGGUCUACAUCAUGCCAAGAAAUUUGAGGCCUCUGGCUUCUGCUAUGUCAAUGACAUAGUGAUUGGUAUCUUGGAGCUGCUUAAGUACCACCCUCGGGUGCUCUACAUUGAUAUUGACAUCCAUCAUGGUGACGGGGUUCAGGAAGCCUUCUACCUUACUGACCGGGUCAUGACUGUGUCCUUCCACAAAUAUGGAAAUUACUUCUUUCCUGGAACAGGUGACAUGUAUGAAGUUGGAGCGGAGAGUGGCCGCUACUAUUGUCUCAAUGUGCCCUUACGGGAUGGCAUUGAUGACCAGAGUUACAAGCACCUUUUCCAGCCAGUCAUCAGCCAGGUGGUGGACUUCUACCAGCCAACGUGCAUCGUGCUCCAGUGUGGCGCUGACUCCCUGGGCUGUGAUCGACUAGGCUGCUUCAAUCUCAGCAUUCGAGGACACGGAGAAUGUGUUGAAUAUGUCAAGAGUUUCAAUAUCCCUCUCCUGGUGCUGGGAGGUGGUGGCUACACUGUCCGAAACGUUGCCCGGUGCUGGACAUACGAAACAUCUCUGCUGGUAGAAGAGGCCAUUAGUGAGGAACUUCCCUAUAGUGAGUACUUCGAGUACUUUGCCCCAGAUUUCACACUCCACCCAGAUGUCAGCACCCGCAUCGAGAAUCAGAACUCACGCCAGUAUCUGGACCAGAUCCGCCAGACAAUCUUUGAAAACCUGAAGAUGCUGAACCAUGCACCGAGUGUCCAGAUUCACGACGUCCCGGCAGACCUCCUGACGUACGACAGGACUGAUGAGCCCGACGCUGAAGAGAGAGGCCCUGAGGAGAACUACAGCAGGCCGGAAGCACCCAAUGAAUUCUAUGACGGAGACCAUGACAAUGACAAGGAAAGUGAUGUGGAGAUUUAGAGUCGCAGGGAUGCUGCGUCCCCAAGAGGUCCUCGUCACCUCUGUGGUGGGGAAGAAGUGUGGAUCCCCCAAGGUCUGAACUGGGCACCCCAGGGCAUUUACCAACUCUGGUAAAGGGUUUGGAAACCACAUGUGGUUCUAGAAUCAAUUCCCCUUUCCCUCAGACUCUCAGCCUGAUGCUGUCCCUAUCAGAGAUGAGACAUGGACAAGUCUCUGGAACAUUAUGGGUAAUGGGCCCCAGCAGCUGUCCCCAGCCCCUCUUCCCCUCAUUUGUUCUUUCUGUCCCUCCAAUACAGAGACUGUUAGAGAUGAAAGUUUGGACGGUACUAAGGUCACUUCUGACUUCCUUCUGAGUUCCCCUUCUACAGUUCUUGCUUCCAUGCAAGGUGAACCUGAGGGGAGGAAGGCGUGACUCUCUGAAACUUUAACUGCAAAUGAAGCACAGUGGCAAGGAGGAGAGGGUGUGAAGCUCAAACUGGCUUUAUGUCCAUUUUACUGUUUUUGAUCUAAUAAACCAAUUAGUAUUUUUUGUACCUUUCCGGGGUUUUAAUUCUUGCUAGUUAACAGUGUAUGAUGUGAAAAGGAAAUACAGAUGGUGAUGAUGUGUAUAAUAAAAUUGUUAACACUCA